UACAUGGAUUAAUUUGUCUAUUCUCUUAAAGUUUAAAAAUAAUAAUAAUUAAAUGUAUUUUACCUUAUCCUUUCGGCAGUAGUACAGUUCCCAGUUUUAGGACUGAGGCAAGCUAGGAACAGUAAUCUCAUUUCUCUCCUGUCUCGCGAUAUAAAUCUGACAAAUCUCAACUAUUUACAGUUAAAAUAUCAAAAAUAAAAGCUGCUCUAUUUAAUAAUCCCGAACUGUACAGCAGGAUCAUCCGUGCUAUGUUUUUACACGGAUAUUUACUUUUGGCUUUUUUUAUUUUCCUACCCGUAUUCGGAUAAACCCGGAAGUUCGCUUUUGACGGUUGAAGUCGUGCCAUCCAAUCCCUGCAGGGCGGUGUUAGCCAAUCAGAGACAAGAAGGCGGGAUAUGUAUGAAUACGGGUGGGGAAACGUGUACUUGUUUGCUUUUCGCACAGGUCCGAUCGAGAUUGUGUUCCCCGGGAAACAAAAACUGCAGCGAUCCUCAGAAGAGACGUCUUUGGUUCCUUGAGAAGAUCUCCACCAGCACACGUCAUGUCGAACCAGGAUAUGAACGAGAACACUCCGCUUUUGGACAGCACGAGGACACUUUACAGAUCAGAGUCGAUUUUCCAAGGACGACGUCUGGCCUGCGCCGCCAUCCUGCUGGCCGAGUCUCUGGAGCGCGUGGCUUUUUAUGGCAUCACCUCCAACCUGGUGCUGUUCCUCAACAGCAGCCCCUUUUACUGGGAGGGAACGUUAGCCAGCCAGGCGCCGCUCAUCUUCAUGGGCGUCACGUAUCUGGUAUCUCCUUUCGGCGGCUGGUUGGCCGACGCCUGCCUCGGAAAGUUCUGGACCAUUGCAGCGAGUUUUGUCUUGUAUUUACUGGGCAUGCUGCUUUUCCCUUUCGUAUCCAGCAGUCACACUCGGGUGGGUCUGUGUGGAGAGGAGAUGGCGUUUCCUGUUCAGCCCAUCGAGUGUUACAACACGAGCGUGCCGAUUCCCGCCAACGUGACCUGUCCGACCCGGAAGGCCUACUGCAGUCCUGUAAUCUACACGGGCCUGGUGCUGGUGGCUUUGGGCGUGGGAGCGGUGAAGUCCAACAUCACGCCGUUUGGAGCAGAUCAGGUGAAGGAUCGUGGUCCAGAAGCGACGCGGCGUUUCUUUAACUGGUUUUACUGGUGCAUUAAUCUGGGUGCCAUCAUGUCUCUGGGUGGCGUCGCGUACAUCCAGCAGAAUGUGAGCUUCUCUGUGGGAUUCAUCAUCCCCACCGUCUGUCUCGGAAUCUCUCUGGUCGUCUUCUUCCUGGGACGCACCGUCUUCGUCACCAAACCACCAGACGGCAGUGCGUUCACACACUUGGUGAAAAUCCUGGGAUCAGCCUGCUGUGGAGGACCUGCAGAACCUCACCUGCUCAGGCCUAAGCCAAGUCUGCUGGACGGAGCGAAGGUGGCCUACGGAGGAAGAUUCUCUGAAGAGAAAGUGGAGGAAGUGAAAUCGCUGCUGAAAAUUCUGCCUGUGUUUCUGGCACUUAUCCCCUACUGGACAGUCUACUUCCAGAUGCAGACGACGUAUUACCUGCAGAGUCUCCACCUGCACAUCCCUGGCACUGAGGCUCAGAACUCCACAGAGUUCCAGCAGAUACGCUUCAUACUGCCAGCUGCGUGGUUGACGAUGGUGGAUGCCGUGUUGAUCCUGAUGCUGAUUCCUCUGAAGGAUAAAGUCGUGGAUCCGAUGCUGAAGCGCAGAGGCCUGCUGCCGUCCUCGCUGAAGAGGAUCGCCGUCGGAAUGUUCUUCAUCAUGUGCUCCGCCGUCGCUGCUGGUAUCUUGGAGACAAAGAGGUUGGACAUCGUUCACAGUCAGGAGAUGAUUAAUCAGAACCUCGGUGGAGUGACGUAUUAUGCAGCCAACCUGCUGAUAUGGUGGCAGAUUCCUCAGUAUGUCCUCAUCGGCAUCAGUGAAAUCUUUGCCAGCAUCGCAGGAUUGGAGUUUGCGUACUCGGCGGCUCCCCGCUCCAUGCAGAGUGCUAUAAUGGGUCUGUUCUUCUUCUUCUCUGGUAUCGGCUCGUUUGUGGGCUCCGGCCUGCUCGCCAUCGUCUCUCUCAAACCCAUCGGCUGGAUGUCCUCACACCAGGACUUUGGAAACAUCAACAACUGCACACUGAAUUAUUAUUUCUUCCUCCUGGCCGGUAUUCAGGGCGUCACACUCCUCGUCUUCCUCAUCAUCUCACUCAAGUACGAUAAGCAGGGACCCGGAGUGAACCGCAGGUCUUCAUUCAACUCCUGACCCACACACUCGCAUAUACGCGCACACACACGCACACACACUGCAGAUUUCCCAGCAUGCCUGAGCAGGAGCCUGUGCCACACUACCCGCUUGCAGUUAUUUAUAUAUUUAACGUUUCUCUCUUCACUGGUUUCAUAAAGACAAUCGCAUCGAACUGACUCGAGGUCAGAGUUCAAAUUUUGGCUUCGGGUCUCAGAUCAACAGCUUCUUCAUCAUCCUCAUCCUCCUGCCUUUGGAUUCCAUCUCGCUGUGUCUGACGGCUGCAGCUUUACAGACGCAUGAGUGAAAUAUUCACAUCUGAUCUGAAUGAGAGAAAACGUUGACGUGCUUCAGCAGCUUUUUGCCGAUCACAAUGAAGUGAAGGACGCUGACGGUCACAGCAGCUUCCUGUUCACUCCAAAUGCAGUCGAUCAGAUCUCCAAAAAUCCACGUUGUGUUCUCAUACUGUCGCUUUUAAUUCAACACUUUUUUUUUUUUGCAAAGUAGCAGUUUGUAUUUAUAGUUUUGAAAUUCUGAACAAAAAUCUCUCUUUAAGGAUGAUGUGAUAUGAGAAAAUGUGUUUUUGGUCAGAUUAGUGUCGAUGAAGAACACAGUGACUGACUAAAGACAAGAGUUUUUACGUUUCUUAAUUUUUUUUUUUUUUAGAUGACAUCACUGAGGAAUUGUGGCUAGAACAAACAUAAAACAAACGUGUCAAGAUGUUUGCAGAGGGAGUACAAACUUUCUCCUCUAUCCUAGGACUUGAAUUUAAAUCUUCAUGUUUUAUUUUUUCACAAGUACGGAAGCCGAGAGACGCCCUUCAUAUAAUCCUUUUUUUAUUCACCUUGUUAUCCCGAGAUAACGACAUAAUUAAUUC